AUGCCGCUGGGGCACAUCAUGAGGCUCGACCUGGAGAGGAUCGCCCUGGAGUACGUCGUGCCCUGCCUGCACGACAUCGGCUUCUGCUACCUGGACAACUUCCUGGGGGAGGUGGUGGGGGACUGCGUGCUGGAGCGGGUGAAGCGGAUGCACCGCGACGGGGAGCUGGCCGACGGGCAGCUGGCCGGCCCCAGCCGCGGCGUCGCCAAGCGGCACCUCCGCGGCGACCAGAUCAAGUGGAUCGGGGGCACGGAGGAGGGCUGCGAGGCCAUCAACUUCCUCCUCACGCUGAUCGACCGGCUGGUGAUGUACUGCGGGAGCCGGCUCGGCAAGUACUACGUGAAGGAGCGAUCCAAGGCUAUGGUUGCUUGCUAUCCUGGAAAUGGAACUGGGUAUGUUCGUCAUGUGGACAAUCCAAAUGGCGAUGGGCGCUGCAUCACCUGUAUUUAUUACCUAAAUAAGAACUGGGACUCCAAGCUGCAUGGUGGAAUUCUUCGGAUAUUCCCAGAAGGAAAGUCCUAUGUAGCAGACGUUGAGCCAAUUUUUGACCGAUUACUCUUUUUUUGGUCAGAUCGAAGGAACCCACAUGAAGUCCAGCCUUCUUAUGCCACCAGAUAUGCCAUGACUGUGUGGUAUUUUGAUGCCGAAGAAAGAGCAGAAGCCAAAAAAAAGUUCAGGAACUUAACUGAUGCAAGGAAGAGAGAAGCACCUCUUAAUGAAGACUAAUCAACUGUUCCUGAACUCUUUGUGAGGAAAUAAGACCCCAAAGAUGACUUCCAUUUCCAGCGAACAAGGGCAAAUUCUCGUUAUGCACAGGAACGCACUGGUUGUGUCUAGCAUGUGCAUCUUAUAUUGAUGGUACUUAAGGCAGCCUCCUGUCAUGCCUGCAUCUGGCAGAAGGAACACUUGUUUUCUAUUUGCCUUUUGCUGGAAAAAGUAACCAGGGUUAAAAAAAAAAGAGUAUCACUAAGCCUAGUGGUAGUGGCUUAGCCAACUGGCUUUUGAUCACUCUUGUAACCAAGAUAGCGAUCAUUGGAACUAGUGGUAAAAACCCGAGUCUUAUUUGCACUUUAUUUGGGGGAAAAAAAUCUAGCUCAAUGGAAAGGAGCUUUACAAGUUUAGAAUCUGUGACUAACUGCUAAUGGGCAAGGAGAGUUAUUGGAAAUGUGAAAUUAAACUGGGUUUUUGUAGAGUGUCAUCUUAUGGUCAGUCCUGCAUGGGCCUGUCGAUGUACUGUUCAUCACUUUGCUGCGCAGAACAUUGGCUCAGCUCUUCGACAGCGUGACUUUCCAAACAGAUUUCUGUCUACAGUUGUCGCAUUUCCUGGAUUUUGUUUGCUUUUCAAGAGUCAAGUUCUAGCUGUGCAGUUGUGCUGCCCUUUCUGUCCCAGGACUGAGGGGGAAGUAGUUACGUAUCUGUCCACAACUUUGUAAAACUGUUUCCUUUCUGUUCUGAGCGGGGUGGGUUUUUUCUAUUUCCAUGGUUUGGUAAAGCAGCUGUUUUCCCCAAAAAGUUUGGUAAACUUGGAAGGCUGAUGGCACACAAUGCAUUGGCACUAAGGGCCAAUGAUAUGUAGAGUUAAGUGUUAUUUUCCUGACUUCUCCAUCUGCUAUGUUUUGCAUGACACAGAUAUGAAUCUGAAAGGAAAAGAUAGGUCUGGCAGUCUGACAAAUGUAUGAUAGAUAAUGGGUAACUUAGACUUGAUUUCUAUGCUGCUUAUCCUUAGUUAACACAUUUGUUUAACUUUGCAUGCGUAUGUAAUUUGAAUGAAACAGCGAUUCCGUUUCAAUUGAUAUGUUACACCAGGUAACUACUUCUGCUGUGCUCAAGCCGUGAGAUCAGAGUUAUUCAAAUGGCAAAGCACAUUUUUUUUUUUCUCCAUUAUUUUUUAAAAUUUAUUAGACUCAAUGAGUAACUGGUGAUCUAUCUCCAAUCUGCCUAAGCUUCUACAACCAGCACUUACUAUGCAGUUCAGAAUAGCUCUUAAUGAAGCUGAGAGCUGGUGGUGGAUGUAUUUACCACUCACACUAAUUGUUCUCAACCUAAUACACUCACUUACAUUCACUUUUGUCUCAUGUUGUCAGUGUGUAUGUCAGACCCUACUAGAUGUUCAAAAUAGAUGCCCUCUUUAGUGUCCCAUAUUUUCCCGUGCCACCUGCCGCAGUGGUGAAGGUGGUCUGUCUGAACCGCUGGCCCCUGCACCAGUUCCCCACGCUGUGCCAGGCUGUUGUGCUAGUGAUGGGUCUGCGGGCCAGCUCUGUUGCACCUGAGCUAGGGAAUGAAACGGUAGCUUGCAAUGGCAACUAUUAAACAUCAGUGACAGAAGGGUAACAGCUGUAUAGGACAGAAAAGAAAUAACUAUCAUGACAUAAAAACUGGUAAUAGAAAUGGAGUAUUUUUUUAAGCAGCUCUGCCUCUUAAAAAAAAAAAAAGGCUGGGCAUCCUUCAGGCUGUCCUUGAAUUCUGAAUGUAAAUACAGUAGUGCUAAGAAACCCCUCGUUCUCUCCGGCUUCUCCCAGAGAUGGAAGCUUCUCCCAGCUAUGGUCUUAUGGGCUGGACUUUGUUCAGCCUGACCACUGUGCACCUUAAGAGAAGAAUAUGGGGGAACACGCGUGACAAAUAUUCUUAUAACUCAAGACUAGAAAAAGACGAAUAAUCUGAUAAACGUCCUUUAAUGUUAGGAAAAACAUUAUUCCACUACACUUGCUUCUAAGUAGCACAACAUAGACUUGAAGGAAACUUAAUGAUAACUUGAAAUUCUCAUUCUGCAAUGUUCAUGUGGGAGGAGAAAGAGGGCUCUUCCCUGAGAGUGAGAGGUAACCCUUUGAAAGAUAGGAGGUGUUGAAAAAAAGAGGGCCACAGAAUUAUUAUUUAAAAAGGGGGGGAGGAUCCCAACCUAUUGUACUGCUAUGCAAAGUUGAUAAUGGCAUGUAAAUUUGAAACUCCUACUGAUUGCAAAGGGGGCAAAGACAGCUAAAACAGAGCAGAGCAAGUCUUGCUUUGCCUUUAGAAACUGUAACCUUAAAAAAAAUGCACUAGAAAGAGAUGUUAGUACACAUCUCACUGGAACCUAGAACAGUGGAAAAAUGAUGGGGUGGGAGGGAAAAGGCUUUAUAUAAAGGUUGAAAAAGAAAGGUACUUCAGUUACCACUAUUGCUACCACCUGGCUUCAGCAGUGGUCAGCAACACGCAUGUGGCGGAUGGAGCAUGGAGCAGUAUAGGUGCAUUUAUUGUAAAUAAAGUACAAAUUUUCAUUUUUAGCCAAUAUCUUCCUGAUCUGGAUAGAGGAGAGAGCAGUUAUUCUGUGGCAGAGAACAUUGUCUUUUUCUUUAUUAACACAUGCAAUUAAGUACAAAAAGUUGAGGGCUCAGGAUUUUGAAACCAAUUCCUCAGUCUUCUGUUCCAGACCUUUACCCCGUUUCCAGAUCAGCGGGAUGAUCUCC